GCAAGCAUCUCAGUUCUCGAUCAGUGCAGGUAUAUAGUGUUAACACUGGCUCAUGGAAGAUGAUUGAAGUAAUUCCUCCUUGGUUAAAGUUCAAUCCGGACUGGUGUAAAGGAUGCACAUUUUUCAAUGGAGUGGCAUAUUGGCUUUUUACAAAGUCAAAAAAAUUUAGGUUUGUGUCAUUUGAUACAGACAGUGAAGAAUUUGAAGAAUUUAUGGUACCAGAUACUAUUUCCACCAGAGGCUUCACAUAUGUUGGAGUCUACAAUGACUCGGUUUGCCUUUUUUAUUCCUAUCUUGAAUGCCAGAAGCUACAAAAAUGUAUGGACAUAUGGAUUCUGCAAGAACAGUCUUUUACCAAGUUACACUCUGCAGUUUUACUCCCCGGAAGAGACUGUUUGCCAUUGGGAUUUAGUAUCCAGAAUGAACUCAUAGCGAAAGACAAAAGGCAUACUAAAGGUGAUGAAGGAGACACAGGCCAGAUGGUUUUAUAUGAUCUCCAUAUGAAGCUGAUUAAGAAAACAGGAAUUAGCUUGGCACAUGAUAGUCAUUACAAAACUUCUGCAGGUACUUACAUUGAAAGUUUGGUUCUACUCAAUUCUUAGAGAUCUUGGAAGAGUUUAAAACUGCUAUGUUGUGUGUAGUAUGCUUGUAUCUUUGACCACUUACAUUUAGAAAGGACCGAUGCUCAAUCAAUAAUGAACUCCUUUACUGUUUUCACUUGGCUUUCAAUUUCAAUUACUAUAUAGAUAUAUUGAUGGGAACCUAUCUUAAUGCUGUCGAGAGGGUCUGUGAUUGUUUUUUGGCAUAAUUUCUACCUUCCAACCUUGAAUUUUCACCUCAGCUGUUUGUAUUUAAGUCAUUACUUCUGAGAUG